AACGUUAUCCAUGACGUCAGGUGUACACGUUGGGCGGAAGUUGUCAAAAGCUGCAAGGGAAUUACUAAACAAAAAACAAGCUUACUGUACAUUGUUUUCUCAAGGGAAGCGAAUCGCCUGACGAACUUGCGUUACAUCUGAAUAUGGAUGAAGACGUACUGACAACUCUGAAACUGCUGAUAAUAGGCGAAAGUGGAGUGGGGAAGUCUAGCCUUCUCCUGAGAUUCACAGAAGACACAUUUGACCCAGAGCAGUCAGCGACAAUAGGUGUGGAUUUCAAAGUGAAAACAUUAUCAAUCGAUGGAAACAAAGCAAAACUCGCCAUAUGGGACACAGCUGGACAAGAAAGGUUUCGUACGCUAACACCCAGCUACUAUCGCGGUGCCCAGGGAGUUAUACUUGUAUAUGAUGUUACAAAGCGUGACACCUUCACAAAGCUGGAAAACUGGUUGAAUGAAUUGGAAACCUACACCACUCGCAAUGAUAUUGUAAAAAUGCUUGUUGGCAACAAGAUUGAUCAGGAUGACCACGAAGUGGACAGAAAUGAAGGCCUAAAGUUUGCGAGAAAACACUCGAUGCUUUUCAUCGAGGCAAGUGCAAAGACCAAAGACGGCGUACAGUGUGCCUUUGAGGAGCUUGUAGAGAAGAUCCUCCAAACUCCGGGCCUUUGGGAGAGCGAAAGCCAGGGCCAGACACUGCAACUGGGUAAUCAAGAGCAAGGCGGUGGCAGGGCAUGCGGGGCAUACUGCUCCAUACCUUGAAAGUGGACAAAACAAGCAAAAAUAAAAGCUUGAUAGAAAUGACCUUAGUCCGGAACCAGGAAGGACAUGAGUUGUGAGUUGGUAAGAGAGAUCGGGCAGGGGAGGACUCUUUGCACAUGACACUUCUUUCUGUUUCAAUGAAUGGAUCUAGUUUAAAAAAAAAAAAAAAAAAAUCUUUUGGCCUCGUAAGACAGAGUUUGACUUUUGUGUGUGCUUGGGUUCAACACGCAUGAUGUCACUUUACAACAGAGAAUGUGAGAGUGAAGCUGAUAAUAUGAACCAAUCCUGACCAUCCCCUAUGUAUCAAGCAACAUUUUAUAUGGGGGGUGGAUAACCUUCAUUUAACCUCUGGCUAUGAAAAGCUUUCAUCUUUUCCAAAAACACUGUGGAUACAGUACAGCCACUUUUUUUUUUAUUAACACAGUUAAUGUCAUUAUAUGGCCUUAUUCAUGAAAUAUUUGCAAUCAGAAUGUAUUGAUACACUCCUAUGUAGAGUGCAGAAUCCUCAAAACUAGUUGAUCAUUAUAGUCUCAUUAAAAGUUGUGGAACUAUCUCCCCAUUUGUGCUGUAUAGACCUCGUAAUACAAGAAAGUUAUUUAACAUCAUGUUUUCUUAGUCAUCAUCCAGUCCUGUUCACCAUUUAUCGUUUUAUUUUGUUUGUGUGUAAUGUGGUCCAUAUUUAGUCUUCAAGGUGAUGGUUUCAGACAUGAUGGAAGAUCAUUCCCAAGCGUUUUCUCUUCUGCAGCAUACCGAUUUGUUGUACUGUCCUUAUUUGUCAACUUCUUUCCAUGCCACCUUCCCUCUCCGUUUAUCUUAGUGACUUUCUGCAAAUGUUUUACAUUCUGUAUCAAUUGAAUUUUGCAAUGCAGAAUGUCGCAAUGAAUCUUGCCUUAACAACGAAUGACGUUCUCUGUUUCCAGUGUUGUCAAAUUUGUCCUGUUUCAAACAGAAAUAAAAUGACACUUGGGGUGCAGUCAUUCUAAACUA